UCCCGAGGGAGCGUUGAGGGCGGGCCCGAGAGCCAGAGAUGCCGGAAGUGAGGCCAGCCGGGGGCUGCGCUAGCUGCGCUGGAGGUAGGACGUCUCGGUCCCCUCUGGUCUUUUCCUCAGGGCAAGCAGGCUCCUGAUGGACCCUGGGAAGGACAAAGAGGGAGUGCGGCAGCCUGCAGGGCCACCCACAAGGAAGAAAUUUGUCAUACCACUGGACGAGGAUGAGGCCCCUCUUGCAGGGGCCAAGCCCUUAUUCAAGUCCACACGGAGCCUUCCUGCUGUAGAUACUUCAGCUCAGGUGGCCCCUCAAACCUAUGCCGAGUAUGCCAUCUCACGGCCUGCAGGAGGGGCUCAAGCCACGUGCCACACAGGGUUAGAGUCCCAGGCAGGAGAGACCCCCAACCAGGCUCUGAAACCAGGGGCCAAAUCCAACAGCAUCAUUGUGAGCCCCCGGCAGAGGGGCAACCCUGUGCUGAAAUUUGUGCGAAAUGUGCCCUGGGAAUUUGGUGAUGUAAUCCCUGACUACGUGCUGGGCCAGAGUGCCUGUGCGCUCUUCCUCAGCCUCCGCUACCACAACCUGCACCCGGACUAUAUCCAUGAGCGGCUGCAGAGCCUGGGGAGGAACUUUGCCCUGCGGGUCCUGCUUGUCCAAGUGGAUGUGAAAGAUCCUCAGCAGGCCCUCAAAGAACUGGCUAAGAUGUGCAUCCUAGCUGACUGCACGCUGAUCCUUGCCUGGAGCCCCGAGGAAGCUGGGCGCUACCUGGAGACCUACAAGGCCUAUGAGCAGAAGCCGGCAGAUCUCCUGCUAGAAAAGCUGGAGCAGGACUUCCUCUCCAGGGUGACUGAUUGUCUGACCACUGUGAAAUCAGUCAACAAGACAGACAGUCAGACCCUUCUGGCUACUUUUGGAUCUCUGGAACAGCUCAUAGCUGCAUCAAGGGACGACUUGGCCUUGUGCCCGGGCCUGGGCCCCCAGAAGGCCCGGAGACUGUUUGAUGUCCUGCAUGAGCCCUUCCUUAAAGUGCCCCGAUGACCCCAACCACUGAGGAGAUCCCUUGUAUAAUAAUAAAGCAUUUUUCCAG